AUGCAAGUUGGAGCAGCUGCUGACUUUACGGCCGCCGGCUACCACGGGCCCUACUAUCUGCGCAAUAAGGACAGCAACCGGGUGCUGCCGAACUCGAUCCGCUACCUGACGUCCGGCUUGGUGUCCAUCAUGGGCCUGAUCGGAAUCACGGCUGCGAUCAUGUCGUCGGCGGACUCUUCCAUGCUCAGCGCCUCCUCCAUGGUCACCAAGAACGUCUAUCAGUCCUUCAUUCGGCCCAUGGCUUCCGACGUCGAGGUGUCCCUGGUCUUGCGAAUCAUGGUAUUCGCCAUCGGGUCUUGGGCCACCUAUUUGGCGCUGUCCGUGGAGUCCGUGUUUGAGCUGUGGCUUCUCUGCUCGGACUUAAUCUACGUGCUGCUCUUUCCGCAGCUCAUAUGCGUCCUCUACUUCGAAAAGAGCAACACGUACGGCUCCUUGCUAGCGUUCUCCGUCGGCGUGGUCUUCCGCUGGAUGUGCGGCGAGCCGAUCAUGAACGUGCCGGUGACGCUCAGGCUGCCGCUGUACGACGAAGAGCACGGCCAGGUGUUCCCCUUUCGGCUCACCUGCAUGCUGAUCGGUCUCAUCACGCAACUUUUGGGCUCGUACUGCGCGUUCCUGGCUUUCCGCAGCGGCUGGAUACCACAGCGGCUCGACGUCUUCCACUGCUUCGCCGCGGCCAAGUCCAAGCCGACCGACCAGAGCUGCACGCACGUGCCGCCGCACCACGAGUUGAGCGGCAGGAACGACGCGAGCCCGAAUGAGACCGCUCCCCGAGGCCACAAGACCAGCGCCGUCAACGCUUCGUCCAAGCCGAGGAAGACCAGCUCCAGCGACGCUUCGUCGAAUGCCACGAGAACCAGCGCCGAGGCUAAGAAGUCCCGGAAGACCAUCGGCGAGGGCGGUUCUUCGAAGCUCAGCCGGAAAGAAAGCACGCAAUCUCAGAAAGACACCGAUACGGAAGACGCGACGCGACGAGCGCCUGAACCGACGACCGCAAAGUCGGACCUUCCGGCCAACACCAAGAAAUCGGAGAGCAAACUGGAAGCGAGACGUUCGAGCGAUUCGUCUAAGGCGUCUUUAAAGAAACAGAAUCGUUCCAUAAGCCGGGUCCAGAUCGACUGGGGCGCCGAACGUCGUCCCUAAGAGCGACGGCGAACAGCCCAAAGAAAAGUGAACGUCAUAAAGAAAAACUAUAGGGCUGACGAGCAGAAAGUCAAUGAGACUUGCUCUGACAAGUCCUUUUCAUAGAUAGUCACGCAAUUCGUUUUUAUCCUUCAAGGUGCUUCUGCAACAUCCUGCAGCUCAAUUGUGCGGACACCCUUCUUUCAGGGUGUAAAUAAAAUACCCAUAGAUGGC